UCAUAGAUAUAUAUACUACGGUGAAAUGUAAGAACAAACGAUAGGUUUAAAUCACUCGAGUUUUUUUUUUUUGUUAAUAACUAAUAUCGAUAAACAGCCUUUUAUUUAUUAUAGAAAAGAGUAAGCAAGCACCUCGUGAAUCCCACUCGGAAAUGCUAUUUGCGAGAGCUCCUAUCUUUCCUCGUCGCGCUAUAAUGACGUCGCUUCAAGAUGGCGGCGCUCACAGUGAAACGUAAGAGCAAGAAAUAAUAGCAGUAUUUAAUAAGGGCUUUAACAGUCACUCGAGAGUAUGUUUAUAUCUUAAAUCGAUAAAUAAUGAGUGAUAAAUGAUAAUUAGAUUUUGUCAUUUUUAAAUAUAUGACUAGUUGAAACUAACUCUUGAAUUCUAACAUUCACUUUAAACAUAAAUGAAACGUCAAACUAAUUAAAGUGUAUAAUUCUAGAUUUGUAAACUGUUAACAGAGAUACAGACACACAUCAUUUGUUUCUGUGUCUCAGUCUUAUUCUACACCUUACCGCCAGGUGGCAGAAUCAGUUUCUCUAACUGUGCAAAUGUAGUUGAACCUGUUUGUAUUUCUCACUCAAUCACACAAUGAAUUCAUUAGUAGAUUAUGACUGUGACAGUGAGGACAGUUUAGAAUCAGAGGACACGCUGACAGGGAAAAGUGUUAAUUCAGUUAAGAAGUCUGAAGAAACAAAUCAAAGCUUUCCAUUACACGUGAAGAGGCCGGAACCAGAACCCCGUCUCUACACGUCAGAACCAGAAGAGUAUAAAACCAUGUCAGGUCCGAGGUGGCCCGGGUCAACAUGUCCUGUACUACAAACUUCUGCAUGUUUAAAAAGACCCCAGGUCACUCCCGGUGGACUGAGACCGUACGUGUCAAAGAGACAGAAGAUGAUCUCGCCACCUGCGCCAGCGGCGGCUCAGCUCACUGAGACUUCACCUGACCUUCAGGGUGCAGACAUGUACCGUCUCUCAGAAGUGUCCGAGGCAGUGAGGCCGUUCCUCGGCGGGAAAGCCGUGAGAGGAGAGCUGCCUCGACGUGUUCAGCAUCAGCUUCGUGCUCAUCAGGGCCCGGUGAACACGGUGCGGUGGUGCCCGGUGCCGCAUCUCAGCCACCUGCUGCUCUCAGCUUCCAUGGACAAGAGUUUCAAGGUCUGGGAUGGUGCAGGAAGUGGGCGGUGCCUUCAGACUUACUCCGCCCACUCCGGGGCUGUACGAGAUGCCUGCUGGCUGCCAUGCGGGCGACGCCUCCUUUCUGGCUCUUUCGACAACACGACCGCUGUGACAGAUUUAGAGACGAGUCAGGUGGUUGCCCGGGUGGAUAACCAAUUCAAGGUCACGUGUCUCGCCGUUCAGCCCACGGACCCCGCCCUGUUUCUGUCUGGGGGAUUCAGUCCUGAGGUCAAGGCGUGGGAUUCCCGAACCUGUAAGAUGGUCAGAGCGUACAAGGCUGGGAUUCAGCAGACAUUAGACAUCCUGUUUCUGGGUGAAGGGAAAGAGUUUGUGAGCAGCACUGACGUGGUCAGUCGAGACUCUGCAGAUCGAACCCUCAUAGCCUGGGACACGGUGACCACCGCCAAAAUCUCCAACCAGAUGUUUCACGAGCGAUACACGUGUCCCAGUCUGGCGGUUCACCCACACGAGGACGCCUUCGUAGCUCAGACCAAUGGGAACUACAUGGCACUCUUCUCGUCCCAGAGGCCGUACCGGAUGAACAAGAGGAAGCGAUAUGAAGGACACAAGGUGGAAGGCUACGCAGUGCAGUGCGAGUUCUCUCCAGAUGGAACCGUACUGGUGACGGGGAGUUCUACAGGAUCUGUGCACUUCUAUGAGUUCCAGAGCACACAGAGCUUACUCACACUCCAUGCUCAUCAGCAGGCGUGUGUGUGUGCGUCCUACCACCCUGUAAUACCUGCUAUGGUUGCUACGUGCGACUGGGGAGGAGAGAUCAAAAUAUGGAACUGACGACCUUAAGGACUUAUUUUACAAUUGAAUUGUAUUACAUUUUUUUUAAAUAACAAUAAAACUCAAUUGUUUUAUAAAUGUCUUAUGCAGUGUGAGCAUGUGCAGAUGUCUACUCAAAGUCUACUCGUUGCUUUUGUGGUGUCUGGCUUGGAAUCUGUGGCUUUGUCCACAUCUAAAGUAGUAUUUUUAUAAAUGAGGUUUAAACGAAAAUUAAACACACACGCUUUCAGUGGAUGCCAGAACAGCAGGCAGAGAUAUAACCCUCACUAUAAAGUCAUAUGGGCCAAUCAGGAGCAUGAAAUAAAAGUUUUCACAGAGUUCGUCACACCACACUUGCCAUGUGGUCCAGAUCUGGACCCGAGUCCGAGUGAGAAGCUCUAUUAUAGUUAUGGCUACAGAGUUUAAAUCAUUAAAGAAAAUCACUGGCAUUGAAUGGGUAUAGAAAAAAAUACAUUAGUGUGCUACUUCUAUUUUUUUUAUAACAGGUUUUUGCAAGCAUGGAGUGGACAAAACCUUCUAUUUGUUUUUUUUUUAAUGACUCACAUUUGUACAGUACUUACACAUUCAGAAAUGAUGUGUCACGCUCGUGUUGAAAGUAUGCAGGUGUGUUACAGUGGCGUUGGCUCUUCCUCGCCAGUGCCAAGACGUCAAGCCUACAGAGUGAAACCUCGGAUUGCGAGUAACGUGGUUUGCGAGCGUUCCACAAGACGAGCAAAGAUUUUUAAUAGAUUUUGAUUUGGAAAACUUGGAAAAGUCUUUUGCCUUCACAGACAGACACACACACACGCUCUUUCUCUCUGCUCUACACAGAAACACUGCUGUCGCAAUUCUUUUCAAAGGUAAAGUGCAGGUUAAUUUGUUUUAUUUUUACUUUACAGCAGUGAUUCCGUUAGUGGGUCACUUAAUCGAGUGUCAUUAGAGAUUUCUUGUUUAUUUUUCUGAUUAAACAGUGUUUCUGUUGUGUGCGUGCGCGUGUGUGAAAAGAGUGGAGGAAGGGUAAUUGUGUAAGACAAGAAGGGGGAGAGGGGGAGGGGCUCAUUACUUUAGCUUCACAUACACAGCGCCUGCGCGCUUAAACGGAAACAUAUCUGUCAGGAUUUCUUUUUACUUUAUAUUUUGUGUUAGUUAUUUUUAUGUAUUUAUAUUUCUCAUGGGAAAAUUCAAUUAGUGUAUUUUGAAACACGAGCCGCUUCCGGAACGAAUUAUACUCGCAAUCCAAGGUUCCACUGUACAACAAAAUCACUGUGUUCAUAUUUCUAAUGCAGAAAUGCAGUUGCAGUUUUUAAUCAGGUAAAAUAUUAUAAACAAUAUUAAUAGUGACUAAAGCAUGUGUUGGCUUCUCAUUGCUAGCUGGAUGAACCUAAACCUUUACACCAUGUUUCAGCCUUAUUCCGGCUUGUUCCUAGAUUCCCCAUCAUAUUUCUGUAUAACGUACAGUUCCACAAAACACACCUCCAUAUGAGCUGUGAAGCUUAUGAAGACUCGCAUUACAACUACUGUACACACA